AUGUCGGGCACUCAGGCUGUGGGCAACUCGAUGACCUUUUCGGCCGUGGCUCUCGUGUUUGUGUUAUUACGCUGCACGAGUCGUAUAUUUUUUGUGGGUCGCGUGCUCAAGGAGGAUAUGCUCAUCUGUGUCGCAAUGUUGUGGUCUUUCGGAUUUUCAAGUUCCAUUGAAGUUGAACGACAAAACGGUAUGGGGGAUCACAUAUCCAACGUUUCCCCGGAGCGUCUCGAACGAAUGCUACAGGGCUUCUACGCUAGCGUUAUCGUUUACAACCUAGGUCUUGCGUUUGCCAAAUGCUCCAUCAGCUGUCAAUUCCUGAGCCUUUUCAAGGAACGGAAGUAUCGUAUUUCAGCUUGGUUUCUCAUCGCCUUCUUCGCCGCAUACGACCUUGUCACUUUGAUGGUGUCCAUCUUCUCCUGCACACCUGUUCGGUAUUACUGGAACAGAAGCCUUCCUGGAGGCGGAUGCAUCAGAUUUGAAACAUGGUGGUUCUUUAGCGCAUCAUUUUGCAUUGUCUCGGACUUUGUACUUUGCAUUCUGCCGCUGCCGAUGCUGAAGUCUUUGCACAUUCCACGGAAGCAGAAAUAUAGCCUGCUCGCCGUCUUUGCUGUUGGCGGAUUUGUGUGUAUUGUAGCGAUCCUACGUCUACAUGCGGUCUACGUCAUCAGCAGUUCCCCCGACCCUACGUACGGCAAUGUCGCUGCAGCCUACUGGUCUUCCAUCGAACUCAACACGGGCAUCAUUUGCGCGAGCUUGCCGACCAUUCGUCCUAUUAUCGCCAAAAUAUUUCCCACUUGGCUCGGGUCAGCUCCCCACAGAGUCGCGCAGAGACAGUCCAGCAUACCAUAG